AUGUCUUCACCAAAGGACGCUCGCUUAGAAGCUCGCCAAACCCUUUUCAAGGAAGGCAUCGAAAUCCGCCGCCAAGUAACCGGCGCCGACCAUGUCGAGCGCUCAUGGGCCAAUGUCUCUGAUUUCUCCCGCCCGAUGCAAGAGCUCGCCACAGAAGCAGGCUGGGGUUUGAUCUGGGGCCGGCCUGGCCUUGACCGCCACACGCGCUCGCUACUGAACCUGGCUAUGUUGCUUGCGCUGGGAAAGAGCACUGAGUUGGGGGUACAUGUCAAAGGGGCGUUGAAUAACGGCUGCUCGGAGAUAGAGAUCCAGGAGACGCUAUUGCAGGCGUCGAUCUAUGCUGGGCUGCCAGCUGGGCUGGAAGGCUUUCGGGUCGCACAGAGGGUGCUAGACGAGGUAAAGGAGGAAAGAAGCAAGAAAGGGGAUAAAUGA